GCUCCUCCGGAAGAGGGUGGUCGCACCGCCUUCACUAUAUACAUAUCGUGGUUUCAGGGCAUCUGCAAAUGAUCGCUGGCUUUCGAAGGGAGGUAGAGCAUUGUGUCCAAUGUUUCUCCACAGAGCUGACUUGAACCUCUCUCUUCGAACAAAACCAUCCCCAGCGAAACAGCUGCGAGUCGGAUUUCCCCUCCCGGACAGGAGCUGGGGUGGUCCGGGGGAACAUUUUAGUGAUCACCACCAUGGAAUGCGCAGUGGACGCGCAAAGCCUGAUCUCCAUUUCCUUAAUGAAGAUCCACAACUCCAGGACGCAGAGAGGGGGGAUCAAGCUGCACAAAAACCUGCUGGUGUCCUAUGUGCUGAGGAACGCCAGGCAGGUCUACAUCAAGGAGAAGUACGCGGAGAUCUACAGGAUGCAGCAGUACGAGGAGGUGAUGACGGUCUGCAACGAGAUCCAGGAGCUCAACCCGCUGGAUCUGGACGCGGAGGACGCCGACGAUGAAGAGCCGGCGCGGGCUGCUUGCUGCGGCGACGAGACGAAUCUGUGCGACUCUGCGUGCCACAGAGGCGCGGCGCAGCCAGCGGCGCACGUCCGGGCAGCGAGCACUCUCCUCGGCUGCUCCCCUUUCGAGGACGGCAGCAAAGAACCGGAGCCGUCCGACUAUCGAAGCUGCUGCAUGGAGGCUCCCCCCGUGUCCCACUCCGACCCGUUUUCUGCAGACAACAGCAGACACUGCAACAAAACCACGGUGCUCGAUUUGGACACGCAUGUGGUGACCACGGUGGAGAACGGCUACCUCCACCAAGACUGCUGCUGCGACGCGCUCCAGUUCGGCCAGGGCGCGCAGUCGCCGGCCAAGAAACGGAAGGUUGAGUUCGGCUGUUGCAUAUCCGACGUGGAGGAAGUAUCCGAAACAGCAGCUCGCAAGAGAGCGAAACGCGAGGACUGCUCCUACUCCAGCCCGGACUACACGGACACUUCCAAUAUCUCCAACCUGAUCUCCAUCUUCGGCUCGGGGUUUUCGGGGCUGCUGAGCCGACAGGCGGACUUGGAACAGAUCUGUAGCAAACAGGCCCUGGCCAGCCUCGGGGCAUGGACCCGGGCGAUUGUGGCAUUUUGAAUCGAACACUUUAUCUUACGGGAGACCGGGGCCGGUUGUGAUGCGUUUUCCCUCAAAGCAUUAGGCCUAGAAAGACAAAAACCAAACGGAGAACUGACUGUUCUCUACUGCCAGUGUCCGGGGACACGGUUCUAAGCUUAGGGAUAUGUCCCUGAACGUUAACAAAGAAAUUCCCCUAUUCGGUUCCCUCGGACAGUUCAGCCCACAACGUUCCCGUGUAGAAAACCGUGUCGUUUGGGGAACUUUUGGCAUUGUUGCCCGGUAAGGGGACUCUCGGCAGAGGCUCUGCGGAGCGUUUUUUGGAAUUGGUGAAGGUUCCCUGGCGGUAUUUACAUAACCGUGACAAAAAGUUAUUUGAAACCUUCCAGAAAUGUCCUUUGAACAAGUAGCCCAUGGCAAACCAGAACUUUCUUGGGAGGUUACCGCAAAUAUUACCAGAUGGAAACGUUAUGGAAACAUUAGGAUAUAGAUUGAGUGGGGAAACUCGCCGUUUUUCCAAACGACUAUUUCACCUCUUUCCUUAUGUGCAACUAGUACGAGAUGCAUUGCCGAACAUGUAUUUGUUCAAUCAGAAAGUCUGCGUUGCCACGAAUAGAGCCCGUGCGUGGGGUCAGUUGUAACACUGCAAAAACACCCCCUUUUUCUGGUGACCCGUAUCCGCUUGGGUCAGUGAGACAACCUCAUUUAACGGCCCGGUCCUGUCAAAACCCGGUUGAGUAGCGAAAUGACCACGUAGAUUGCAGAGGUACUUGUACAGAUACGCGACAGUAUCAGAAUCGGGCGAAUCUUUACUCCCCGAGCUGCAUUUCAAAAUGUACAAUGACAAGCUUAAAGCACACUUGGCUCUUACAAAUCAAUAACAUGUGACUGCUUUAUUGGCGGGCGCAGGCUGACAUCACACCCACUUGCUUUUUCUGAUUGGAGGAAAUGCAGGUGUUACAACUGAACCCGGUCUCCCCUCUAAUGUAUGAAUCGACUUUAUUUUUGCAAGAAAAAGGAAAAGCUAUUUAAAAUUGAGCGAUUUGAUUACACCAGUUUUGACAGGGAGAGUAAAGAGUUUGUGCCAUACCUAUGAUGUGCAGGCUUCCCUGUUUUCAGAAUAGCAGACACGUGUCUAAAGAAUACACUUUGGUGACUUAAAUCUGAUGAAAUGGAUUUACAUUCCUUGCCUUAAAUCCAAUGCACUCCACUUCUAGCUACUGUCACAACUGAAAGUACAUUGAAAGUGACCGAAUGCCUCCGCUGUCUCCCCUGUCUUGGGCCGAGGAGUCCUUUGGGGAACACGCUUUCUCCAUUCCUAAAUGGACCUUCCGCAUUCUGAGCAGUUCCUUGUCACGUGAAACACCACGCUCAAGACUCCCCAAAACACCUGUGAGGUACAUGGACAAACCAGUUUAUAUCACUUGAUGGAGUGCCAGCAGUUCAAUUCUCUAACACUUUUCGGGGUAUUACUGUGGUCAUCACUACACCUUCGCUCCCAGUGUGUGGUAGUAAACAGUCCGGGUGAUUUUGGCAGUUUGACAUCCUCUCUUAAUCGUGUUCGUUGCUCAAAGCCUUCACAGAAAAUCAGAAAUCCAACAUGUCUCAGUUUUGUGAGUUUUACUUUGUUUUGUAAAAGAAUGCUCUUAGUCCUUUUGUUUUAAAAAGGCAAACUCAUGACUUAGCCAUAACCUGAGAAUCCAUGCAUUAGCUUUAUGAGCACUAUGUGUACCAAAAUAAAGAGAGUAUUCAGUCAUUCUCUACAUAUUUUGUUGUUAUUCUUGUAUUUUUAUGUUUAAGAAAUUGUAGCUCUCCGGGUAAAACUGUUUCAGAAGAUAUUUGUAAAAAAUUUAUAAUCUUAAUAAAAAACGAACACCUUAAUUUUAAUUGUCUUGUUUGACUGGCAGUGCUUCUGUUAAGAUAUCGACCUACAGCUACUGAUUGCAGCGACUGUAACAAACCCAAGCAAGUGACCAUACUGUAUUAGUUGUAAGUAAUGGCUUUAUUAAUAGUCAAUAAAUCAUUGACUAAUGCUUUAUUAAUUGCUAUAAAGACAAUU